CUGGAAUCUGGUGGAACAUGACCUGGAGCAAAGACUUGGGUGUCUUCUGACAGAUGAUGAUGGAAAUUUGGAGACUUCUGGCUAUAAUCGGCACCAUGAGCGUCCUCGUAUGCAGUGCUCAAGGAAGGUCUUUUACUCUUGAUAAGGAACAUUGGAUUUCCAAGAACUGGGAGGACAAACCUUUGGUGGACACGCUAGCGAGCGAAGUGGCCAGUCUGAUCAAGAGAUCCAAAGCGCACCAGUUCUACGGUCUAAUGGGAAAACGUACUGAUAUUCCUCAGCGAAUGAGACUGGGACAGAAAAGAAAUAAAGGAGAGAAGUUUGUUGGACUCAUGGGUAGAUCGUUAAGAGAAGAUACCUUCAUGAGAACAAUCCCAGCUGAGACGAGGACAGAUACACAAUCGGACAAGCAACCAGAUCUGCACAAGGAAUGGGACGACCCUCGAGAUUACGCCGCCGUGUGAACGUUUUCACAUGAACGUUGAAAAGGCGUUGUUUUACGUGAAAAAAUUAAACCUGGAGAAGUGAAAUAAAUGAUUAUUUCGUGUUGCAC